AUGGUGUCUUUGAACCUGGCUUAUCCCCCCGAAGAGCAGAGGACUAGCAAAGAAAUGAUGCAGAGGGUGCAGGGAGCAAUCCUGAAGGAUGCAAGCGCGGGGGCGGCCGCCGGCCCGGAGCUGCCGCCCCAGGUGGUGACACCGCAGUGGGAAGCGGCGGGGAGCCCCAGCAGCGAGAAGCAUCCAUUCAGAGCUGAAGUCAGGAUAAAGGUAGAAGGACAAGAUCUGAUUUUGGAUCUGGAGAAGAACGGAAACCUCUUUGCACCGGGCUACACGGAGACUCAUUACAGCCAGAGCGGGCGGCCCCAGACUCUCUCGCUGCCCCACACAGAUCACUGCUUCUACCACGGCACCGUGCGGGGCAGGGAGCGCUCCAGCGUCACGCUCAGCUCCUGCAAAGGGCUGCGAGGACUCAUUGUACUGAGCCACAAUUCCAGCUAUGUUCUAGAGCCUCUCCCCGACAGCCAGAACCAGCACUUGAUCUACAGGCUGGAAGACCUGAAGCUGUGGAGAGGAGCAUGCGGCUACGAGGGCGCUGAAGCUGAAGGCUGGCUCAGGGGCUUCCCUGCUGAGGUGGCCCCAGACCAUCACCGGGUGAAGCGGGAGACUUUACAGGCUACGAAGUAUGUGGAACUUCUGCUUGUGGCUGAUUAUGCAGAGUUUCAGAAGCAUCACUUCAAUAUUGAAGCAACACGGCUUAAAUUAGUAGAGGCGGCUAACUACGUAGAUAAGUUUUACAGAUCCCUGAAUAUCCGGAUUGCCCUGGUGGGGCUGGAGAUCUGGACUCAUGGGAAUAAAUGUGAUGUAACUGAGAAUCCUUACUCCACCCUGAGGUCUUUUCUGGCUUGGAGCAGCAAAGAGCGGGCGUACAGAAAGCAUGAUAAUGCCCAACUAAUUACGGGUGUCCCAUUCCAAGGUACCACAGUUGGAUUGGCUCCUGUGAUGGCCAUGUGCUCUGAUUUCCAGUCAGGUGGAGUAAACAUGGAUCACUCUGAGAAUGCCAUUGGUGUUGCUGCUACCAUUGCCCACGAGAUGGGACACAACUUUGGCAUGAAUCAUGAUUCAUCUGGCUGCUGCACUACCAGUGCUGAGGAUGGAGGCUGCAUCAUGGCUUCUGCAACUGGGCACCCAUUCCCCAAGGUGUUCAACCAGUGCAAUAGAAAAGAGCUGGAGAAGUAUCUGCAGUCUGGUGGAGGGAUGUGUCUCUCCAACAUGCCGGAUACCAAAAAAAUAUAUGGUGGGAAGAAAUGUGGAAAUGGCUACUUGGAAGAGGGGGAGGAAUGUGACUGUGGAGAGGUGGAGGAGUGCGACAACCCCUGCUGCAACGCCAACAACUGCUCGCUGAAGCAGGGCGCCGAGUGUGCCCAUGGCAGCUGCUGCCAGCAGUGCAAGCUGAUGUCUCCAGGAACUCUCUGCAGGGAAAGAUCAGGACUUUGUGACCUCCCAGAAUACUGCACUGGAGAGUCACCGUUUUGCCCUCCAAACUCGUACCAAAUUGAUGGGGCUUCCUGUGAAGGAGGAAAGGCAUAUUGCUACAGUGGCAUGUGUCUCACUUAUAAAGACCAGUGUGUGCAGCUGUGGGGGCCUGGAGCAAGGCCAGCACCAGACACCUGCUUUGAGAAGGUUAAUGCUGCUGGAGACAUCUAUGGGAACUGUGGGAAGGACAUCUAUGGCAACUACAGGAAGUGUGAGAUGAGGGAUGCUAAAUGUGGGAAGAUCCAGUGUCAGAGCUCUGCUUCCAAACCCCUGCAGUCCAAUGCAGUUGCUAUAGACACAUCUAUCCACAUGGGAAGGACACAGCUGAGGUGCCGCGGGACGCACGUGUACAGAUCUGAGAGCGAAGAAAAGGAGAUGCUGGACCCUGGCUUGGUGUUGACGGGAACAAAAUGUGGGAGCCAACAUGUUUGCUUUGAGGGACGCUGCCAGAACACAUCCAUCAUCUUUGAAUCUGAAAGCUGUAACAAGAAGUGCCAUGGGCAUGGAGUUUGCAAUAACAACAAGAACUGCCACUGCAACCCGGGAUGGGCUCCCCCAUUUUGCAACAAGGAAGGGCUGGGAGGAAGCUUGGACAGUGGUCCCCCACUGCCAGAAGGUUUUUCAGUGGUAGCAAUAACGCUAGCAGUCCUGGCUCCAAUUCUUCUUGUUAUUGGAAUCGUGAUUUUAUUUUGUUAUCUGAAAUGCUGGCAUAAAUUUUUCAUCUGUUCUCUAAGGAAGACCCCACAGUUCAGUGACACCCCUGGAAACGGCCAUGCAAACCCUGCCUUCAAGCCGAAAACCCCUCAGGGACAGAGGAAGGCUAUUGGCUUCCCUGAAGUCCCACCAAAACCUCCUCCCCAGCAAGCCCCAGGUCUCCAAAUAAAUGCACACCAGCCUCCUGCUUUCUCCAGCGGCUCCAGCUGUGGUGUUCGGACACCCUCGUGGCCAGCGCAUCAGAUGGUCACAAAGGACAUUGCCAGGCGGACACCGCCGAGCAGGCCAGCACCUCCUGCUCCCAAAGCCCCGGUGUCUCAGGAUAUUUCCAGGCCCAGGCCACCCCAAAGAGCUUUGCCAGCGAACCCUGUCCCCAGCAGACUCAGGACCCAGCCAGGGGAUGGCCCUGCAAUUCCCCUGCCCCUGGCUCACAGGAGGAACCCAGGACAUCUGCAGCCAGCAGCAGAGAACGCAGGAGUCAGGAUGGCCGGAGCAAGGAGCGUCCUCAACGGGUGA